AGCUGAAAGUCAGCAUCAUCCUCGACGCUCCUCCCCUCGGUAGGAAGGGCGCAUCCCGAAUAGCUAGCAGGCUAGCUGUACUCAGUAGAACGAUGGCAGUCAACCUCAGCAAAAAUGGCCCAGCGUUAACGGCAGCAUUCAAAGAAGUGGUGGAUGAAAAAUCCAGCACCAACUGGGCCUUGUACACUUAUGAGGGCAACAGUAAUGAUAUCCGCCUGGCAGAAAAAGGAGAUGGAGGCCUGGAGGAGCUGGUUGAGGAGCUCAACAGUGGAAAAGUGAUGUAUGCUUUCUGCCGGGUGGAGGAUCCAAACUCUGGUCUGCCUAAAUAUGUCCUCAUCAACUGGACUGGGGAAGGAGUGAAUGACUCAAGAAAAGGAUUAUGUGCAAAUCAUGUCAGCUCCAUGGGCAAUUUUCUCAGGGGGGCCCAUGUCACAAUAAAUGCCAGAGCAGAGGAGGAUGUGGAACCCGAGGUGAUCAUGCAAAAAGUGGGCAAAGCCUCAGGAGCCAACUACAGUUUCCACAAAGAAACUUCCAGCCGCUUCCAGGACAGUGGUCCUCAGGGUCCUGUGGGCUCAGUGUACCAAAAGACCAAUGCUAUGUCUGAAAUCAGAAAGACCAAUAAAGACAACUUCUGGGCUCAGGCAGAGAAAGACGAGGAGAAACGUCGCCUGGAGGACCGGCGCAGGGCAGACGAGGAGCGCCAGCAGCUGGAGAAAGAGAGGAAAGACCGCGAGGCCAAGGAGGCGGUUGUGAGGGAGACGAGGGACAAGGAGAAGUCCUCUCAAAUCGAUCAUCAAAAGAAGAGCCAGCAGAAGCAGGAGGCUGACAGCAAAGAGAUGGAGAAGCAUCGCUGGGAGGAGCAGGAGGAGAAGGAAGCAGUGCAGAGGAAGUCAGUCAAGAGAGGUGUAUCUCUGGAGAAGGCCAACGAGGCUGCUUCUCUCAUCUCUCAGCGUGCUAUGAACCCUAGAGAGAUGUUUAAGCAGAGAGAGAGGGGAAUCGCUCCGGCUGAGCCAGACGUUCCCGCAGCUGCCCCUGUCAGCCCCCAGCCAGGGCGUCUGCAAAGCCCGUUUCUUUCUAAGCCAGCUUUUGAACAUGAGCCAGCCAGCUCACCUCAGCGCCAAGCUUCGCCUGUGCCAGCAGGCUCCGCCUCUCCUGUCCAUGCUACAGAGCCUGAUGUGGAUGAUGGGCAGUCCAGGUGUGAGUAUGAUGAGCAAGAGGCAGCCCCCCAGGAGCAGUUGAAAGAGGAGGCACCAGCUGUCAGCUCUUCCGUCCAGGAGACGGCGUUUGAAGAGCCUGCUCAGGUGGAGGAGAUUAGCUCAUAUGAGGCAACUCCUGAGGAGGCCUCUGACAAAGGCCUCUGUGCCAGAGCCUUGUAUGACUAUCAGGCUGCCGAUGACACAGAAAUCUCGUUUGAUCCCGAAGACCUCAUUGCCGGGAUCGAGAUGAUAGACGAGGGCUGGUGGCGAGGCUAUAGCCCUGACGGCCAUUUUGGAAUGUUUCCAGCCAAUUAUGUGGAGCUCAUCUAGCCCAGAGCCCUCCCAGUUCCCCGCCCCGACCCACACAGAUCAUCCCACUGACAGCCUCAGAGGACCUCUGCAACAGAACAACACAGCAACGUCUGUCCUCGCACAAAAGCAAUCAGGCCGAAAUGGAGCAAACAAGCCGCCACAUCACAGACCAAUGAACAGAUGGUAGUCGUAGGCCAGAAUCUUUUGAAAUCUCUCUUAAAUCAAGAAAGAAAUUCCAUUGAAUUAUUGAUGUUGGAAGAAACUGUUGGCUUAGUUUAUGGAUUUGUGAAAACCCAUAAACUGAUCACAACUCCCUCCUACUCCCCCUAAAAUGAGUCUUUACCUGUAAAUGUGAUGGAGUACAGUAUCUGCCUUUGUUCAGUCUUAAAUUCAGUAGAGAGCUGAAAAGCACUUCUAGUUCACAUUCCUUACAAAGUGACCUCAGUUCUAUUUGAGGUAUUAUUUAGUUUUUACUUGUAUGCGCCUGUACAUUUCAGGAAAAAAAAUCUAAAAUUGUGGUACCAGCUACAGUGUAAUCUUUUGCCUUGAUUUGCCUUUCUUUACCAGGAGACUGAAUUUUCCUUUUUGUUCUUUAAUGCAAUUGAACCUGCAUUCUGUGUGGAUUUCAAACCCUGUUGUACUGACCUGACUGUGUUUGAAGUGAAUAUUUAAGAAGAAAAAAACCCUGAUGUUUGCUGUGAUUGACUUUUAGUGGGGGAUGCAAAAAAUGGUUAAGCUCCCUUAAACUGUGAGUCUGCAACGGCUUGUUUUCAUUUCAAGUCCUCGUUUGAACCAAAUCAUUUCAACAUAUUAAACUUUUCAGGGACAAGCUGAAGAGAGGAGCACACUAAGUCAACGUUAGUGUUGCUCAGUUCAGAUCUCAAAGAGUCAUGUAUGAUAUUGCGGUGCCAUAAUGAGUGGUAUUGAAAAGUGCUUGGUGUCAUUUUAACAUUUGACAAAGUUAUGCAAGUUCACUGUUUUUAUCUCGGAAGUAAAUUCUUGUUCUUUUAAAGCUUUGAGGUCAAUCGACAACAAGAAACAUUGAUAUCAAUCACGAAUAGAAAAAGGGCAUAAUGGAUCCGCUGCAUUAUUCAUGUUUGUUUUUCCAGAGUCUAUUGUAAUGCACACACGUUCUUCAUAUUAAAAUAAAUAAACAAA